CCUUGGGACACAAGAGUUCACAGUCAAUCAAAGGCUACUAUGCAUAGAGGAUUUAACAAACCAUUGUCAACGGUGUCAUUCCCAUCCAAUAUCAGGACAUUCAUAUUCAACGAUACUUAUAACGUCGCAAUCGAACCAGGCGAUCUCCCCGACUCCAUCACCAACAUCACCUUUGGCAAUGAGUUCAAUCAACCUUUAAAGCCAGGAUCAUUGCCUCGUCAUCUAGAAUCAUUGAUCUUUGGUGCCCAAUACAGUUGCCAACUUGAAGGUUGCUUGCCGUCAUCAUUGAAGACUCUGUACCUUGGCCAAGAUUACAAGAAACAAGUCAUGCCGGGUACACUGCCAGCAUCGCUCACAACCUACCUCAACGAAGGCUUCAAACGUGAGAUCAUACCAGGUUCCCUGCCAUCAUCUCUGACUCAUCUUUGGUUGGCAAACUAUAACAAAACGAUCGCCCCAGGCUCGUUCCCCGACUCUUUGACCCAUUUGCAAUUGGGAUAUGAAUUCAAUCAGACUAUUGAAGCUGGAGCACUUCCACCUCGCUUGGCAACAUUAGAGUUUGGUCGCAUGUUCAACACAUCUCUCGCCCCGGGUGUACUCCCGCGGUCCCUCACAAAGAUAGAGUAUGGCCAUAACUUUGAUUGCAUGUUGAGUCCAAACAUGCUGCCAGCAAACCUACAAUCUUUGGACCUUGGCUACUAUUUCAAUCAACCAAUGGAGGUUGGUACACUGCCCUCCACCCUCAAAUCUCUUCGCCUCAGUAAUAUGUUCGAUCAGAUACUGAAGCCAAAGGUGUUGCCUCAAUCAAUCACUCAUAUGGACUUUGGAUAUUGUUACUCCCAGCCAUUGAUGUCUGCUGACAUACUGCCUCGAUCACUCACAUCGAUCACAUAUAAUAACAAGCUGUUGACAUUGAUCGGCCCAGACACAUUCAAGCAGUGUCGUGUCCAACGAUUGACAUUACUACGAAUCGAGUUUCAGAACCGAACGAUCAUACUUCCACGCAAUGAUCAGUUCAAAGGACACGUCCGCACACUGGUAUUGGACAACUAUCAACAUUACAUCGAUCGAGACGCCAAACUAAUGCAACAGUUCAAGGAUGCCAACAUAUCUCGAUUGAUAAUCAAGUGUGGAGGCAGUACUUUGACAGGAAUUUUACACAAGCUGGACAACAUACACUUGUUGGUGAUGGACCAGAAGUCAAGAGUGAGCAUUAUAACCUGGGACAAACUCAUUCAACUACGUCACAGUACUUUUAUAAACAGUAAU